UUGGUGUUGAAAAGGAAAUGUGUUGCGAAAAUGACUGACUUUGAUGCGAUUUACGAAGAAGGUGAAGACGAAGAUAGGUUGUCGCCAUCAGAUAUUGAUACACUUGCCAUUGUUCCAGAUCCAGUAAUAAUAAGGGGCGCAGGAAAUAUGACAGUGUUUGGUCUAAGCAACAGAUUUGAACCUGACUUUCCUUCAGAACUUUCAGCGCGGGUUGCACCAGAAGAAUACAAAGACACGAUAGACAGAAUUAACCAAGUCUUGAAAAAAACAUUACCGAUGAACGUGAAGUGGUUGUUCUGUGGCUGUAUAUGUUGCUGCUGUACUCUUGGCUGUUCUCUAUGGCCUGUAAUCUGCCUAAGUAAACGGACAAAACAUUCUAUAGAAAAGGUCCUAGACUGGGAGAAUAGUCAUUUAUAUCAUAAAUUGGGACUGCACUGGCAUCUCAGCAAGCAGCGAUGUGACUCCAGUAGUAUGCUGGAAUAUGUGAUUCGAAUUGAAUUUAUUCCAAAGAUGGCGAUAGACAGACCUGACUGAUACUGCACUAUUGCAACAAUUUGCAGAUGAGGAUUAAUCUGUCUUCACCAAAAGCAGCUGGUGGCUUUGCUCAUAUUCCUUUGGCCACAAUCUCAACUAGUGUAAUGUAUUUGUAAAUGCUAAUUCAAGUAUUCUACACCUCGUCACUUGCAGGGAAAAUUGGUUCAUCUCAGAUCACAACACCAAUGACAGAAUAGUGAUUCCAGUUGCUAUAUUUUACCAUUGUUUUACGAUCUGUUUGUAGUCAUUUGCGUGUUUUUUUUCCCUGGUGAGUAGUCUUGAAAAUUUUUACUAUUGGACUUUUACAUAUGGUGGCAUAUGGAUAACAAAGCCCAGCCUUGAUCUCAUAGACAGUAGCGUUUCACACAUGUAAUAUACUUGAUUUAUUGUAUAGGUUGCUAUGUAUCGUCUGCUAGCUAUAUUGGCUGGAAAGUGCAAGUAUAGCAGGGAAUUUGCAUGAAGGUCCAGUUAUCUAAAUUAACAAUUGUUUGCUUAUUUCUGCAAAUCAGGGUUGAAAUUUAAUAGAUCAUUGGAUUAUUCAUUCCAUGUUGUAAUAAGUGCAUUCAAUUAUUCGGUUUCUGUUUAGUGGUUGUUUAAUAAUCCUUUAUGUACAUACAUAUAUACUUCAAUAAUUCUUAUCUUUAGGGAACAGUGUGAUCAGGAAUAAUAUAAUAGAAUUUAUUUUACUCCUGAUAAGAUAUAAAAUAACUGGCGCCAUGUACCAUGCACAGUAUGGAAAAUUCAGUUAUCUAAAUUAAGAAUUGUUUGCUUGAUGUGCCAACUGUUGUUCUGGCAUGUAGAAGCCUUGACUACCUAGAUUGUGUUUUGUCUUCCUAUAGUUAACCUACUUUACCUAGCUCACCUUACCUCUCGGAAGAUUAAUUUUACUCUCCAAAAAUGGGGAAUGCAUACCAUAAGCAAAGCAUUCGUAUGGCAGUUAGAAAGUGAUCUCUAUCCGUUCACAGUAUUGUGAACUAAAAUGAACUUAAUGGGCGAUGGAAAGCAAUGCCAGCACUUGGCUAAUGUUGGAAUGAGAAUUCCCAACGUUGUCAUGGUUUUGUAAUGACAGCUCUGCUAUAUAACCGAUCGCUAUGGCAAUGAACUUGUCUAUAGAAUAAGUAUAUUAUAUACACAAGUUCAUGCCAUGACCUAGCCACAUGCAAUUCUGAAUGUUUUAUUAAGACCCCUUAAACGAUUUCUCGCUUGCUACCUUUAUUGUAAUUAGUUUUUUUAGCUAUUCGGCAGUUCAUAUGUGUCUUAUGUCGCUUCUGACAGCCACAGGUCAAGGAUGCAUUGGGAAAAAUGUUGCCAGGAAGUGUAUAUGCCCAGUCAUCAUUUUCUAUAGUGUUAUCACUAUGUGGUUUAAAAUUACCUAUCCAUGUUGUAAAUGGUAUGUAAUGUCCUACUGCUAAACACUAACUAUGAAAAUGUGUAUAAUUAUAGUAGUUAAUUCUAACCACCUAGUUAUAAUAUAGAGUUAUGUGGUUAUAAAUGAGCAUCUAUAUAUAAUCUUACAUGUAUUCAUAAGUUUUCAAGUUGCAGGGAUCGACUGCAGUAAGCACAGGCACAAGUAACAUUAAACGGAAUGGACAUAACGUGUCCAAGUAGUAUCUCUCAUACAAAAUGGUUUUUUUAAUAUUAGGCCGGUAGUCCUGCGCCAAGAGAUUCACGUGCGGGUACGUAGUUAAAGUUGAUUUUAACUCUAGCAUUUGCGAAUGCCCGUUAUUCUUAUACGCGGUAUAUUUUUCUCGUUGGUUUUGAUACAGGACUGCUGUCAGUAACCGUAGAUUUUCUUUUAUAUUUUGGAAAUGACGCGAGGCUGGCCAAAAUGGGACAGCGCGAUUGUUUCUCGGUCUAGUCUGUUUUGGCUGUUGGUCGUAACUGCAUGUAGAAUGUCGAUGAGUUGUUGUUAGUUAACAAUCGCCUAGUCGCGCGACGAGAUUUACGUUUCACACACGAACAGUACGUGCGAGGGCAUGUAAGCAUAUUUCGUUGGCAGAGAGCUGAAACCUCGCAACAAGAUUAUGAUGUGUUAAUACGUUAAGCGGAGGUAUAUAUGCUGUAGCCUAUAUACAAGAUCGUGGUCGCACAAGCUAACGAUCGACCGCCAGCAACCCGGAUUUAUAUAUUGCAUACGCGAUACAACUCAUUAUGUCAGAAGUAGAUAUAAGCAGACGAUUUGUUAUUUUACAUUGUAUUGUAAAUUGUUGAGUAUUUGUAGUAUCUCUAUAAGUCACAGCUAGUCUAGACGAAAUUUCUUCGUUUUCAUGCAAGUUUUGUAAAUAGUGUACGUGUAUGGUGCGCGUGUGUGCGUGAAUGAAGGAAUAAAAUACUGUAUAUGUGUUUAUCUAUUGCAGAAAUGUA